AUGGCUGCAGAGAGAAAUAGUAUAGAAGAAGUUACUAAUUCAGAAAUAUGUGAAUCCAAGACCGGAAUAAGUUCGUUUAAUCUUUCACAAUUAUGGCAACUGAUAACAAAUAUUGGUGAUAAACCAUCAGAUGAUGAAUCCAAAUGUAUCACUAUAUUAGGAAAAACAUAUGAGAAAUUAGAUGAGUUUGAGUCUGAUCUCAAGUCGAAGAUAUGGAUAUCUUACAGAUUUGGGUUCGAACCAAUAAUGAAAGCUGUUGAAGGACCGAGCCCUAUUUCGUUUGCACAAUCGUUAUUGUUUAAUAAGAAUAUUUUGAUAAAAGAUUUCCAGAAUAUCAUGAACUUGGUCGAUAAUGAAUCUUUUACGAAUGACGUAGGAUGGGGCUGCAUGAUAAGAACUUCCCAAAGUUUAUUAGCUAACGCCCUCUUACUGUUAAUGGGACUGGAUCCCAAAGCCAUCGUUGAGUUAUUUGUUGACAAUUCUCAAUCUCCCUUCUCCUUGCAUAAUUUCAUAAAAAUAGCAUCCGACCUGCCCUUGGAGAUAAGACCUGGUCAGUGGUUUGGCCCUAGUGCUGCCUCCCUUUCUAUUAAGAGACUAUGCGACAGAUUUUAUGAGUCUGGUAAUACGAACAUUCCCAGAUUAAAGGUCUUGAUAAGUGAAAGUUGUGAUUUGUACGACAGCAAGAUUAACGAGAUUUUAAACAGCGAGGAAUCAGAUGCUCUAUUAAUUCUCUUGCCAAUAAGAUUAGGAAUCGACAAGAUUAAUUCAAUAUAUCACCCGAGCUUGUUCCAUUUGCUUUCCAUUAAACAAUCAGUCGGUAUUGCAGGUGGAAGGCCAUCGUCUAGUUUUUAUUUCAUAGGAUUUGAAAAUCUGAAUUUGAUAUAUUUGGAUCCACAUUCGCCUCAGCAGUUCCAAAUCGAGCUCGAUUAUGAAAGCUACCAUACCUUGAAUUACCAAAAGUUGAGCAUCAAUGAUUUAGACCCUUCUAUGAUGAUAGGAAUAUUGGUUAAUGAUUUGAAUGACUACAUUGACUUCAAGGAAUCUUGCUUGAGCAAUGCUAAUAAGAUUAUACAUUUUCAUGCCCAGGAACAAGAUAGCCCUACAAACUCCUCUAGGAAGGAUAUUGCCGAUUUAGAUGUAUCAGACUUUUCUGCUUCAGCUGACGAUGACGUUAUAAGUAUCGAAAGUUUUCAAGAGGGAGAAGAUUUUGUAGAUGUUUCAAAGAGUAAAGAUGUUAAAGAGAAUAAUAGCUUCGAAGAUGGUGAAAACUCACAGUACGAUCAUAAGCAACAAGAUCGUGAGGUGGAAAUUACCAUGAGUGACGACAAUGAUGUAUCAGACCUCCGAGACGACGUUGUAAACAUUAGCCAUUCCAUUUCUGACAAUUAUGAGCAUAUAGAUCCUUCCUAG